AUGGGAAUAGACGCCUCUGACUACCCUAGUCCGCGAAGUGAAGCUCCGCACGCUGCGACCACUGCCUCGGUCCUUGCAUCUGCCCACGCCCAAGAAGGCCUGUCGUCAAUUGCCAGAAUGAACGAACAACCUCCCACCUCCAUUGCCGGUUACGUCGAGGGGACGCGCCCACGUCUCUCAGUGCGACGCGCCCGCGAUCCCCCGAAGAACUCCGAAGGUCAAAUCUUCUGCGACCAUAUUGAUUGUCAGGAGGCCCCUCCAACAUUCCGUCGUCCUUGCGAAUGGAAUAAACACAUGGAUAAACACGAUCGCCCUUACAAAUGCUUCGAGCCCGGCUGCGACAAGAUUCAAGGCUUCACCUACUCCGGCGGUCUCCUUCGGCACCAGCGCGAAGUUCAUAAGAAGAACACCGACGCUAAGAAGCCAUUGAUGUGCCCGUACGGCGAUUGUAACCGCAGCACCGGGAAUGGAUUCACACGUCAGGAGAACCUUCGAGAACAUCUUCGCCGCCGCCACAUGCACACCGAUGAGGGGCCCGCCAUCAUGCUCGACAGCCCAUGGGAUCGUGCCAACGAGCUUGAAGGAAUCAGGUCUAAUUCCCUCCCGGCUGCCGGUGUCAAGCGUAGGCAUGAAUCUCCCAAUGGAGAUCUGCCGGAGACCGACGAAGCCGGUCUCGACCUAGUCAACGAGGUGAAGCGACUGCGCCGCGAAAAUCAAGAAAAGGAUCAACGCCUCCUGGACCUUGAGCGCAUCGUGCUUAGCCUACAGCAAGCACUCCCCCAGCCCCCCCGCCCCCGCACCUGA